AUGUCGUUGCUGCUGUCGGGUUGGCCGGAGAACUCGGAGUCGAGGCAGCGGAUGCUGGAAAGUGCCUCCAGCAGUAACUUCACACAACAUUUCGUCUCACGAGAGGUUAUUUUUUAUUUUUAUUUUUGCAGAGUUCAUAGCAAAAAAAGUGUAAAAAAAUAAAAAGGAAUACACCCAUUCUCGAUCAGAAAAACUUCAGAGAGUUCAACUUUUUUUCGGAUAAUUUUAGCUCUAGCAAAAACGCUGGACCCUCUUAUCAGCCGGACAAUCAUUAAAAAUAGGAAAAAUUUAUUCAGUAUGAAAAGCCACAGUUAUGACCUCAUUGAAGGUAAUGAAGCCGCCAGAAAAAAGAACUUCGUAGAAAAUUUUCUCUCUCAAAAAUUUCGAAAACAACUUUUUGUACCAGUUUUGUUUUUUUGUCCUCAACUCGUUUGGCAUUCAUUGCACUUUUUAGAAGAAAAGCCAGAAAUCAAGUAGCUUUUUUGUGGAUUUUCUUUGUUCUAUUCAAUAAAAUGCGUCGUUUGAGAGUUUAAAAAAAGUAUUUCAUAGAUUCGUUUUGAAGCUUUCGAGAAUUGAAAAAUAACCAUACUCGAAAAGUGAAGAUUUUUUGAAGAUACUGUAGAAGGCAAGCGAUAAACUGAGUAUGUUCAUAACAUAUUCAUUUUAUUUGUCGAAGCUCUAGUAUUCAAUCUCGAAAAGCUGUGAGAAUAGGUUUGAACAACAAAUAAAUCAUUCGAAUUUGGUAUUAGAUACAAUUUUCGUGCUCUUAAAGAUUUUUUCAGUUUUGAAAAAUGAGUGUCUGAUUUUUUCAUCAUUCUUUGCAAUCACUAGAGGAAGAAUGAACGGCCUCGUGGGUUUUAUUAUUGACCUUCCUCCCCUCUAUUUAUGCUCGUUUUUUCCAGGUUCCACUGGCAGAAAAGCUGAAAACUCUGGCGAGAAGGUGUAAAAAUGGAAUAAUUCUGUUCCUCGUCCCUCUGAUCUUCGCCCCGUUGCUUUUCUCCGAUCGCAAGGUAUUCUUUCAUUUCUUUAGGAAAUUUUUGCAUUUCUUUGGUAAUUCGGGUGAAUUCUUUGAAUUUCAUCUAGAAUUCAAGCUUUGUUUUGAUGGUAGGAACAAUGAAAAGGUUUUUUUUCCUUUUUAUCAGUCUAACAUCUUUCUUAUAAUCAAUCCACUCAUUAAGUCUUAUAAUAUUCUUUCCGUCCUAAUUGACCAGACCUCAGUGAUGUGCGAUGUUUCAUCGGCUCAAAAGUUGCCGUUUUCCUUUCUUUUCUGUUUCUCUUGGUUUUCCGAUCUCAUUAAUCACUGCAGUCCAGAGGAACCUUUGAAAAUUUCUUCCGACCGCGCUUUCUUGCAACUUUUUUUAGAUCAUAUUUUCGAGUUUUGCGAGAUUGGAGAAUAAGAAGGAAGCAAAAAAGUCUCGCGAUAGAAAAUUUAAUUAUACAUUGAAAGGGUAAUAUCGGGUUUCUGAUGCUUGAGAUUAAUUUAACCAGUGCUCUGGAUCUCUGUGGGAAGAAGGAUAGAUCAGAAAAAACUUGAUCUGCUUCAUACAAGCGACUCGAAUUAGAUCCUAUGCGACUUCAGAGUGCAAUGAGAGCAUUUUUAUGACACGAAUAAGGAAUUCGAGCCGAGUUUGAUCUCUCUAGAGUCCGAUAGAGGUGAACGAACUUUCAUAUGUUACUUCCAGAAGUGUUUUUUCUCUAGUUUAUUUUUGAUCGUAAAAAAUUGUACAAAGGGUCAUUCUGUGUUUUUUUUUUCUCCGAACAUCUUGAAAUCGGAUUCUCAGGAUAUUCUCUAACUCACAAAAAAUAAAUACCGAAAUAGGUUCGUUUUAGAAAAAUACAUGCAGACAACGAUGCACGACUGUGCAAAUAUUUGACCGUAGUACAUUUUUUUGGGAUUUCGAGUGAAUGACCUGAAUUUUUGGUUUUUAAAGAUUGUUCAAUUUAAGAAGUUAAACUUUUUGUGGCAGAAAACAAUGAAGAAACUUUUUUUUGAGUUCGAAUUAUUUUAUUUUAUCAAAUGUCUGUUUUUUCGAAGCCCAGGUUGAGGUUCUUAUCCCGAUAAAAAUGCAUUUCAAGGGGUCGCUUGAAACUUUCGCCUCAUUCAAAGAUAUUUGAGAAUCUCAUUCGAACUUAUAUUAAUAAAAUAUUUAUAUACUUUGGACUUUAACCCUAAAAUCUUGGAAAAUCACAAAUCAGCGACCUUUCUUCUCGAACACUCUUCUAGAAGGCGGCCUCUUUUGAGAAAUUUGAGCCUCUCCAGUUGGCGUUUGGCCUGACGCCAACGUGAAGAGUUUCUUCGUGACAGCGGCUGAAAUUUCAGUUCUUAUCCCAUCUUCGCUUUUUUCUCCUUUCUGUCACGAGUUUUCAAGAAACAGAGAAAGUUAGAAGCAUUUUCAAAUGGUUUUUCUUUUGAAUGAAGCAGAAGAAAAAGGAGGAAGCGCUGACGUAGUGAGAUCAACUCGGGGCGUUCUUUCUCUGACCCUCUCUGGCCUCUCUUGCUCUCUAGCCGAUGGUGGGAACGCCAGAGCAAAAUGGUCGCGAAAUUAGAGUUGGUUUUUUCGGCUGCCUGGGGAACCGACCAAUACCUUUUAUGGCUCGGACUGGAAGAAAAGAAAUUUAUGCACUUUGAGACGGAAUUUUGGAUAGCGCAUGGAAAAUAAUCUUUUGAACUAUUUCCCUGUGAAAUAUUGAAAUACUAUCAAAUUUUCAAAACUUUACCAGUUGGAUACAUGCCAGAGUACUUCGGCAAAGGUUUAGUAUCACUUAACAUUUUCAUACUUCUGAGUUUACUCACAGCCAAAAUUACAAUAUCAACACAUUUUUCCAUUUUUUUAUCUUCUUGAAAACCUUUUGUGAAGAAAAAAGAAAACUACAGCGGAGGCAAAAAAUAUAAAUGAAAAAAAAAAUCUUCUCGGCUGUACGAAAUGGGGCAAGGAGAAAAAAAAGGAGGAAAUUUGGGUUUAAUGAAGUGAGAGCUUGCAUAUUGGGGUGUCCCUUUUUUGGGAGCCGCUGUACGAGUUGAGAAAAAAAUGUUUCUGAAAAAAGUAGGGAGUUCAUUUCAAUGCUGUUUCUGGGAUUGAAGUUAGAAAAAAGGUUCAAACUAAAAUUUAUGGAAAUAAAAGAAACAAUUGAACUUCUGCAAGUGUUCUUUUCUGGAUUUAAGAAACCGUUAAUCAGAGAUUUCAUUUCAUAUUUGGAAGUGUAAGAAAAAUUUUAUUGAUUUUUUUUUUCAGGAAGCGAAAUGCGGGUACUGCGUCUGUGUGAUCGCGAUCUAUUGGAUGUGCGAAGUCAUGCCGCUUGCUGGUUCAUUUUUUACUUAUUUAAAAAAAAUGAAGUCUUUUUUUCAAGUUCGAAGUUAUUAAGAAUAAGUUUAGGAGCUCAUUUUUUAGGCUCAGCUUCAUUCCUUUUUUCUUUCGAAAAGUUGAUUUUAAAUUUCAAGUUUUUUAAAGUUUUUUUUUGAAUGAUUCUUUUCUGAAAAUUUGAAAGUUUGAAAGUACUGUUAAAAAGGAAAGAACGUUUUUAAAGUUGAAAAUUUGCAGUAACCGCGAUGAUGCCGGUUGUAUUAUUCCCUCUGUGUGGUGUACUGGACACGCACAGAACUUCACAGGAAUACAUGAACGUAAGGGAAUCCUAUGGGAAUGGAACGGAAACUAAAUGAUUUCCAGGACACCAACUUCCUGUUCAUCGGCGGCCUCAUCAUGGCGGCGGCCGUGGAAAAGUGCGAGCUGCACGAACGAAUCGCCCUUUUUGUACUGCGCCAUGUUGGAAGUGAACCCAAGUGGUGCGUGUUGAACGAGGCAAAAAUGAUUAAGCCAAUGAAAAACGGCUGAAAUGAUUAGUGCGCUUCAUGGGCAUUCAAGACAAAUUACUGAUUGGAAGUCUUUUGGAAGAACAUUCUCAAAUAUUUUCUUUUCGCAUCAAUUUUCUUUCACUUAAUAUAGUUCUUGCUUAACUUCAUCCAGGUAUACAAUUUUUUUCAAUUGAAUGACAUAUAAAUCCAUUUUGGAAAAAUAAGUUACCAGUAACAUUGAUGAAAUCUCGCACAACUUGUAUAUUUAGUUGAAAAUAGCAGUAGAACAGUUUUUUAAGAAUUUCGUCUCACGAAGUUUGCCUAAGAAAAAAGAAAAUGGAACUCGAGUACUGUAGAAAUUCAAAAAAAAAUCUGUCUUUCUAUGAUCGAAAUGUCUGCUCUUCUCAUCCUCGAAUUCAAAUUUCGGCGCGCCGAACCGUUUUUUUUUUCUUUAGUUUCGCAAAGGUUUACAGCGAACACGUCUAGACGCCCGUUGUUUCAUUCCCAUUUUGCACGGCUCCUUUGUUUGGAGCGCCGUCUUUUCAAAUCGGACGUGUGCACUUUCUGGGAAAGUGGGAAUUUUACGAUUUCUGAUGAUAUUCUUGUAGGGAUCGCAGAGUAUUUGAGGGAUCGACAAAAUAAUCGAACAUUUGGAAAUUUUUUUGAACAAAUCAAUAGCUACGAUCAGCAUUAAGAUAUGAUGAACACAUUGACUUUUCAAGUUAACCAAAGAAAAAUUAUUUCCGAGACUUUUUUUAUCUCAUAAAAUUGGAUUUUUAAAAAAAUAGUAAAGAAAAUAUUGGAAUACUUGAGAAUUUCAAAGAUCAUUUUCUUAAUAGCUGUUGUUGCGUCUGAAAAAAAGAACCAUUCAAAUAUUUUCCGGAAUUUAGCAUAUUUUCUAAUUUAAGGAUGACUCGAUAUAGAACGAUUAUUUCAACUGUUGACCGAGUCUCUCGCUUACUUCAUUUGCCAUUUUGAGAAGAACGAUUGAAUCGGAAACAUUUGCAGGAUAAUGCUUGGAUUCAUGACGGUGACGGCUCUGCUCAGCAGCUUCAUCUCCAACACGGCGACCACCGCCAUGAUGGUCCCCAUCGGCCAAUCCGUCAUCCAGCAGUUGAUCACCUCCUUCCAGAACCAUCCGCAGAGCAGGUUUCACAUUUUCGACUCUCAAACUUGUUCAAUCAAUCAGUUACUCCACAUAGGCAACAUUACGGUUACGAUUAUUGACCAAACUAAUUUGACCAUAUUAGACCAUUUCAAUGUCUUCCUGGUAAAAAAAAAAGGUGAAAACAAAAAUGCCGUCCCGAUCAUAUUAGAAAAUUUCGCGAAGAUUCUAAUGAAUUAUGUUCAUAUGUAUGUCUUCCCAAAAAAAAGUAUGAUCUCUUAAAAUCAGCCAUUUUUGAUACCGGCGAGCGUUUGCGAAAAUGUUCUCAAAAACAUUUUUGUCGCUGAACAGUGUAUUUUCGUGUAUUUUCUUCACUCGAAGUGGUAGCUCUCUCAGUCGGCCGAGGCUACCCUAGAGUGUACACGGAGUCCGUGCCCGAGCCCCACCAUCACCGCCGUGCCCGUACAAGCGAAACUGAGGGAUCAACUUGUGGAAGAACGAGGCGAAGGACCGUAAGACCAUGCUUUCAAUUCAAUCGACUACACGUUUUGACUUCUUUUUCGCCAAAGGCGGUGUUAGUGCCGCUCAAAAGAGCAAUUUUUUCACCGCCUAGUCGAUACCAUCUGACUAAAACAACCAAUAAAUAUUGUAUUGUAAAAACAGUGUUUUUAUUCAAGUUCGCAUAUUUUUUUAGACAAAAAUUUUUAUAACAAUUUUCGCCAUAAUAUCAACCUACAGUAAUCGGAAAGCGCCCAACCUGUUCUGAACUCUUCUGGAUCAAGAGAUAAUCAAUUCUGAGAAGACACCAAACUGAUUACCGUACCCUAUGUUUUUCAGUGAGACGCACAGGGGAAGAAUGGGUUGCAAGAGAAUGGCUACAGGCCUUGUUUUGUCCAUUUGCUUCGCGGCGAAUAUCGGAGGAACUGGCACGUUGACUGGGACGCCGAGCAACUUGGUCUUGGUCGGGCAGGCCGCCAUGUUAGACCGCUUAUCCUUGAAAAAGAGAAAGAAGACAUUUCCAGGCUGUACGCGGACGGCGACAGCGGCAUCGCCUACACGAAUUGGAUGUUCUUCGCCUAUCCGCUGAUGCUCAUUUGCUUGUUCAUUUGCUGGAUCACCCUCGUCUUCUUCUUCUUGAAGUGAGUAGAGAGUGAUUCUGAAGAUUUCAGGAAAAGAAGGAAAACGAAGAGAAACUUCUUCUAGAGCACUUAAUGAACGUUUUAAAGAAAGCUUAACUUUCGUGUUUUUCCUCAAAGGAAGACCUCAAAAAUUCAUGAAUUUGUAACUUUUUUUGAAACAUUAAAUCAAUAAUUUUUUUUUUCAAUCCUAUUCGCAUGAGCAAUGCUUUCUGAGAACCGAAAGAGUUUUUUCUCACGAUUUCUCACAGUCAAAUUCAAAACAAGGCCUUGUGAAUAUGCGAUGCGGGAAAUCAAAAGUUUCUCAAAGGCGGCUUGAAAUUUCAAUAUCAGUCUCGAUAUUUCUUCAACACGAUGAUUACAGAGAUGCUCCGGCCAAGGAUGAACACGUGACGGCGAUGCUAAAAGAUCGCUAUGCCAGGUUGCCCCGAAUGAGGUUCAACUUCUUUCUGAGUUCCGUCAAUAAUCACCUUUUUCCAGCUACGCUGAGAAGUCGGUUCUCUGCUGCUUCGCCUUGCUGCUCUCGCUCUGGAUCUUCCGCAACCCGGGAAUGUUCGAAGGCUUCGGCGUCCUCUUCAGCAAAGGAUUCUACUCCGACUCGACAUCGGCGAUGAUCGUCUCCUUCUUACUGUUCAUCCUCCCCGCGGAAAAGCCUGACCUCCAGACCUAUCUGAAGAGUGAUGAACUGCGCAAUGUAGGGAUUGAAAAUCUGAAGCCGAAGUAGUACCGGGAAGUUGCAGAAGAAGUGUCUGAUGGACUGGGAUGCGAUGAAGUCGUCGUUCCCGUGGAACGUCGUCCUGCUCCUUGGCGGUGGAUUCGCUUUGGCUGCUGGUGAGGAGUUAGAUGAUAAUUAAUUGUCGAAGCUGUAAAUUUGAAAACUUGAAGACUUUCUUCACAUCGCUAACAUUUCUAGGAGGGAACUAAGAGCAAAAAGCGUAGCCUCUCGGAGAACCGCCCAAAAAUGUCUUUUUUUAUCAACUUCUAAAGAUUCUUUCUCUGCAGGUGUGAAAGAAUCGGGGCUGUCGGACCUGAUAGGCCACCAACUGACGGCGAUCGAGCACCUGCCGAUCUGGGCGCUGCAGCUGCUGAUCAUGGUGAUCGCGAUGGCCAUCACCAACAUCUGCAGCAACACGGUCACCGCCUCCAUCUUCCUGCCCAUCGUGGCGACGUUGGCCCAACAGGCCGGCCAUCAUCCGCUCACCCUCAUGAUGCCCGUCACCCUCGCCGCCUCCUUCGCCUUCAUUCUCCCGGUUGGCACUCCGCCAAACGCCAUCGUCUUCGGCAGCGGCCUCGUCAAAGUCACCGAUAUGGUGCGUUUUUAGGCCGAGUUUUCCGUUUAAUAGGAGUGAGCAGCAGGUCUUGGUAAUGGCUAAAGAAAACCAAAGUUAUUUUGCUUUUUGGAUUUUAGGUAAAGUUUGUUAAUGAUUCUUCAUUUUGCAAUUUCAUCUAGUUAGGAACGUGAAGGCAGGAAUUGAAAUUGAACUAUAUUUUGUUAUUUUUGGCGAGUCUGCUUCUUUCGACCUGAAACUUUACUUUUCGCAUAGGAAGCUUGAAUAACUUAAUAGAUCCAUUUUUCAGGUGGUGGUUGGGUUGAUCGUGUCGAUGGAGAUGCUCUUCACGACGAUCAUCUACAUCAACAUGUUUGGCCAGCAGUUGCUCCCCAUGGAUAAGAUACCCAACCAAAACCUAACCAUCACCACCACCCUGAGGCCGUAAGAGCCAUAAGGCCUUAGGCAACUCAGAAAAACUCACGAUCAGCUGUGCCAUUUGCCAACCACAUUCGAUGUUUUCCUCGAAAGCCUGUCUGUAAAUUCCGUGUCUCAUAGAGAACUGUUCUGAUGAGGAAAACUUUAAAUAUUUCUAGCUGUUAGUCUCACUUUUGAUCGUCAUCUUUGAGGGUUAGGCUUGGAAAUUUUCAAUUUUCGAAUAAUAUCGCGAAGAUUUUACAUUAAAAUUUUGAGUUUCAAGCUCAAUCCGCACAUCUUUGUUUCCAAUUUUUUCAUUUCCAUCAUAAAUCUGACUAGUAUCAUUUUCUUGCUUUUUUUCUUUGCUUCAUUUGGUUCAAAACAUUGCGGUUCGACGACGUUAUGGGCAAAGAAAACGAUUCAUAUUGACAAUAAUCGAUAGGACUUUUUUUUUCGACAAAAGUUACGAGUGCGGUUUUUGUUGUUUCAGUUGGCUUCCACUUGUAUUUCGUUUCUUUGAUGGAAAGUGCUUUAUAUUUUUUGCCUCCCUCACUUUGCGCGUUUUCUUUUUUGGGUAGAAAACGCUUUUAAUCCGCUCUCCACCUGUUUUUGUUGGGCCAAAUUGGUCUCUCUUUAUUCCACUCCUCUUUAUUCUGAUCUUUUGUUAAAUUUUCAUCUGUGGCUUUACCUUUUUCAUCGAUUGCUUUAAGUUGCUUUAGAUUUGAUUUUAGUUGCACUAUUUGAAGGAGCAUUGGCUGAAAAAGAAACCGACGAAAAGGCCACAUUUUCGCAUAAUAAAGGCGCAACGUGUGAAAGAAACUCUCUGAAGUUUCCAAAGGUUUCUGCUCCUUCAAGUUGAACAUGAAAACCCGUUAACCUUCUUCCCUUAUUAGCACUGAAUUGAUAAUGUACGUGUUGUUUUUUUACGUCUUGGUCGCCACGUGUCUCUCAACACGUUUUCAGUUGUUUCGAUUCAUUUUUCUCGUCUUCCCGGUUCAUUUUUCGAAUAAAGCCAUUUCACUUGAAGUCUUCCUUUGCGUUUAGCUGUUGCUUCUGUGUUGCGACGAUGGAUGACCGAUCUACUUCCACCUGUGACGAUUUUGAAAAUGUAUACUUUCAUUUUUUUUUUUUCUAUUAGUUCUUUUUGACAUUAUAUGAGUCUUCCGGAAGUCAAAGGAAACUUGGUCUUUACUAUAAAGAAUCUACCGAAUCUAUUUCUCAACUUUUUCAAAACUAAAAUAUCAGAAAUGUAGCAAAAAUGAAAAAAACAUAGUUGAAAUAAAUCUUUAUGAUGGGACGAAUGACGAAUGGAUAACGACACUUUUUAAUGAACAUUUAUUCUUUUUAUUCGAUUUUUAAAAGCUUUCAGAAGCUAUGUGGCAGUUUCAAUAAAGAAAACAAGUAAGGUCUUCAUUUUUUUUUUACUAAGAAGUUCAAAAGCGCUUUUUAAAGCUUUUUUUUCAAGUCAUCAAUUUUGAGAAAAAAAUUCCAGCGAAUUUUCCAUGAGGUGGAUUCUGCGACGGUGGAUGUCGAGGACUGGAAUGCGACCAAUUUGAACGCGGCCAUCGGUAUGCUUGAUAAGGUAGUUCCCGGAUUUAGAUGUUUCAUUAGUUUUGAUUCGAUUAGUAAGUUCUAAUCCGUUAGUCUCACACGGGAGAUCAUUUUUCCUUGCGGUUUGGAAAUUUGCUGAAAAUUCGCUCACCCACACUCUGAAGACUUAGAGGAAGAUCUUUAAUUGUCCCUACCUGCGCAAAAAUGUGGUUUUUUGAGAUAUUAUUACUUUUUAAAUUUGCGUUUAACAUAUCUCAUGGAGGUUGAUUUACUUUGUGGCUUGGAAUUUUUCAGAAGUCAGCUCAAACAAACUGGCAAGUUUGAGAUGAUUAUUUUUCAAUUUCUGGAAGUUAGAUUUAAAACCCAUAAAUCGCAAGUUUUAAAAAUCAUAUCUUAAAAACUAGAAGUUUGCGCAAGUAGCCACUAUGUGAGGGAUCUUCACUUUAACCUUCAGAGAGUUUUGAAAAAAAGUUCAGCAAGAUUUCGCUUGUUUUUAACUUGGCGAUGGGCCGCCCUAAGUCUUCAAAUCGUUCGAGAAGCCCUAUUCAUCAUCUGUAAAAGCUGAAAAGCUACAAAGAAACGUCUUUAGUUUUGAAUCCUGAACUGUUCAAUUCAGCUGAACCUGUCUUCCCAACCUUCGGACGUCCAAGUUGGCGGAUUGAGGCGUCGAAGCGAGUUGCUCUACGGGUUGAGCAACUACGAAGAAAAUAGGACCAAGAGAAUCGAACAUUUGGAAAAUGGUAAUGAAUGAAAAAGAACUUCUGAAUUUAGUUUUCCGAACUGUUUCAGCACGAAAAGCUGCCGAAGAGGGAAAUCAAAUCGAGCCGAAUAAUUUCGAGAUUCUCAAGGUGAAUAUUUGACCUUCCUAGAUCUCUAAGAUUCUACAGAGUUAUCUUCUAUUCUAAAAAGUUUCUAAUAUUAUUUUUACGAAAUUUUUAUUCUUCGUCUCAUUUAAAGAGUGCUGAAUUCGAAAAACCGAGACUGUAAUUUGUUCUGUUUUAAAUUCGUUUUCACUGAUGUUUUUUUCUUUUUUUGAACUGAUACGUUUGUGGAAACUAAUUAAAGUUUAACAUUAACGAGAUGAUUAAAAAAAUCAUUGAAAAAUUGAAACUUGUGUUUAUACAUUUCUCAUAAUUUCAGCUACUUUGUUCAACUACGGGAAGACUUGCCGAGGAAAGUGGCCUAACUAAAAAAGUUCAAUACGGAUUCAUGUUUAAGGUAAACUUUGAUUGGGUUGAAAACUAAUCACUAGAAGUUCCACAUAAUCUUUGUUGUUUGUUCUCUUAACAUGAACAAAACUUCUCGGUUUCAAAGUUUUUUGUUUCAGACUUACUUGGACAAGGCUCUCGCCGUAGAUUCCAACAACUUUGAAUUGUUACACAUGCGUGGACGAUUUUGUUAUCAGGUUGGUCAAGCUUUAAUGAAAGUAUUAUAGUCUGCGCCAGCCUCUCACAACUUUUCCUCUGAACUACAAGACUCUUGAGCGCUGCCUGUUUUUGUGCACGCGCCUUUAAUAUAAGAAGAAUUCUUAGGCUAAAUAAAAGGCGCAUGCUCAUAGACAGACCAAAGGGAAGAGUUCUGUAGCUCGGAAGAAACCAAAAAUCGUGACAGGCUGAAGCGGAACGGCUAUGUCAAAAAAAAUUAUGACACUUUUCGAGAGCACUUUAGUAGAAUUUGUGAACUAGAGAAAAAAGAAAAAUAGAAGUGAAAGGGAAAAAUGGAACAAGAACGUUUUUUGAGGUGGCCAACCUUUCGAUGAUCGAACGGAUGGCGGCAAAAGUGAUUGGUCAAGUGCCGAACGUCUCGUUUCAAGACGCCCUCGAUGACCUUCUCAAGGUUUUUUUUUCCAAAAGCAUUUUACUCGAAGAUCAAGAAUCUUUCAGGCCGAAACGAUUUGCGAUGGCGUCGCCGAAAAUCAGCUAUACAUUGGCAAGGCUUAUCUAGCCAUGGACAAGAUCAAGGAGGCCAGGAAAUGGCUCGAGACGGUUGGUUUACCAUUUCCGACCUUUCAACUUUUACUUUUCUCAACCUUCAAAAGUUUUUCUAUAUAGGUAGAUUGUAUUGACUAUUUCUAAAAAUGCAAAUCACAAACUCACUCCAAAGUACCAUUUCAAACAUUUUGCCAUCUUUCGAAGCUCUAGAAAAAGCUGUUUUCUAGGCAGCCGCCGCCGAAUACGACGACGCAGAAGCCGUCGAGAAGGAGCACGUCGACGAGGCGAAACAGAUUCUGGAGACGAAGCCUUUCCGAUGA